CCCCCGCCCCCGUGGGGGAGGCGGAGGGCGUGACGACGGCCCUCCCCAGCCCGCGGCCCGCCCCGGUGAAUGAAAUCUUGCCGGCCCCGGGUCACUCAGUUCCCGAUUCUGUCCGGGACAACAGCAGCUCGGGCUCGGCCGGCUGCGAAGGAUGGGGGAGCCGAGAGGAUGCGCUGGGAGGCAGGCCCGAGGCCUCGGGCUGCAGCUGCAGCUGCAGCUGCAGCUGCUCCUGUCGCUGCUGCUCCUGCAGCCGUCGCCGGGCUGGGCCUCCGGGGCUGCCCGGCCUCCCCACGUGGUCUUCGUGCUGGCAGACGACCUGGGCUGGAACGACGUGGGCUUCCACGGCUCGGCCAUCCGCACGCCGCACCUGGAUGCGCUGGCGGCCGGCGGGGUGGUCCUGGACAACUACUACGUGCAGCCAUUGUGCACACCCUCGCGGAGCCAGCUGCUCACCGGGCGCUAUCAGAUCCAUAUGGGCUUACAGCAUUACCUCAUCAAGACCUGUCAGCCCAGCUGUGUUCCCCUGGAUGAAAAACUCCUGCCCCAGCUCCUGAAGGAAGCAGGCUAUGCUACGCAUAUGGUCGGAAAAUGGCACCUGGGAAUGCGCCAGAAAGAGUGUCUGCCAACACGCCGAGGAUUCGAUACCUACUUCGGCUAUCUCCUCGGCAGUGAAAACUAUUACACCCACGAGGUCUGCGCACUAAUUGAGCCUUUGAAUGUUACGCGGUGUGCUCUUGAUUUCCGAGACGGUGAAGAGCCCGCGAAAGAGUAUACAAAUAUUUAUUCAACAAACAUAUUUAGCAAAAGGGCUACAUCCCUCAUAGCUAACCACCCACCAGAGAAGCCGCUGUUCCUCUACCUUGCUCUCCAGUCUGUCCACGAUCCCCUUCAGGUCCCUGAGGAAUACAUGAAGCCGUAUGACUUUAUCCAAGAUAAACACAGACGUAUUUAUGCAGGGAUGGUGUCCCUCAUGGACGAAGCAGUGGGGAAUGUCACCGCAGCCUUGAGAAACCAUGGGCUCUGGAACAACACGGUGUUCAUCUUCUCCACAGACAAUGGUGGGCAGACUCUGUCCGGGGGCAACAACUGGCCACUCCGUGGAAGGAAAUGGACCCUGUGGGAAGGAGGCAUCCGUGGAGUGAGCUUUGUGGCAAGCCCCUUGCUGAAACAGAAAGGCGUGAAGAGCCGGGAACUCAUUCACAUCUCAGACUGGCUUCCAACACUGGUGAAUCUGGCUGGGGGAAGCACCAACGGUACCAAGCCUCUGGAUGGAUACGACGUGUGGAGAACCAUCAGUGAAGGAAUCCCAUCCCCCAGAGUGGAGCUGCUGCAUAACAUUGACCGGGACUUCUUUGACAGCUCACCGUGUCCUGGCAAGAGCAUGGCUGCAGAAAAGAACGAUUCUUUUCCACUAGAAUAUUCUCCCUUUAACACAUCGAUCCAUGCUGGGAUUAGAUACAAAAACUGGAAACUCCUCACAGGCUACCCAGGCUGUGGUCACUGGAUCCCGCCUCCAUCUCAAUCCAGCGUUUCUGAGAUACGUUCACUGGACUCAUCAACCAAGACUGUCUGGCUGUUUGAUAUCGAUCAGGACCCCGAAGAAAAACAUGAUCUGUCCCAGGAGCACCCCCAUAUCGUCCUGAAGCUCCUUUCCCGCCUGCAGUACUACCACGAGCACUCUGUGCCUUCCUUCUUCCCACCCAUGGACCCCCGCUGUGAUCCCAAGGAUACUGGUGUGUGGAGCCCCUGGAUGUAGGGCUGCAAGGGGGAGGGGGGCUGGAGCGCAUUUGUGUGCAGGCUAGACCUCAGAUCCCCACUCUACUGGCUUCUCUAAAUGUCAUCCAGCCCCUCACCUGGCCCUCAGGCUACACAAUCCACCGGAGGAGUUCAGUUUCAACCCACAGUACAUUUCAAAAGCCAGUAAAAAUCUGGACGGAUCCUGCUGUUGGCUGGAGUUAGUGUCUGGAGGCCAGGGUGGCUGGGUUCAUCCUGCUUCCUAAACUCCAGUCGCUGGGAACUUGACAUAGGAAGCUAUCCCUGAGUCCCUGAGGCCAGAGCAGCUGGCUCUUUUUGCUUCACAAGUCGGUCAUUAGAAUUCCCUCUGCUAAUAGCCAGUUUUAUUGGAAAGACACAUGCCUUGUAACAAAGGCGGGGAGCAGAUGAUUGCUAGUGAUUCUGUUGGCCGAGAGGGCUCCGUGCCUGUGAGAUCUCAUUCAGCUUUCCACAUCCAUGAUCCACGGGCCACUGCUCACCUACUCACCUCACUGCGGAGCAUAAAGCCCAUUGUAAUAAGCCAGCACGGAGGAUGCCCGUUCCUUGGCUUAGGUUUCCACCGUCACUAAAUACAUUUUUCUCUUACUUCCCCCACCCGCUGUUGCUCAUUCUGUCUAGACUUCUGCCACCCCAGCUUGUGUGGCUCUGUUUCUGUUAUGCCUUUGGACUUCACUGUCCUUUGCCUGAGGACACUUUCCCCUCCACUGAGUAUCCUGAGCUCUGGGACAGUCCCAAGCCCUGCCCAGAGGAGGUGGACUGGUCAUUCCAUGACCAUGCUCGUGGGAGUUGUGGGUCCGUGGCAUCUGCUAAGCAGGUCUAUUCCAGCUUCAUGGAAUCCAGCAAGAAUGUGGCUGUAUCUCCCACUACACGAUGAUCUGUGCUGUUUUCUCAAGCAGUGGGAAGAAGAGUCAGGAAAGCACUUUCAUUCUGAGGUGAUGGAAGGGGCAGUUUGAGAAAGGGACUGACCAAUGUCUGGUAUGCUGGGGUUCUGGGGUUGAAGAAUGAUUUGACCUUCAACCUUUUCUCAGACCUUCUUAGAUCCUACCAAUGUGACUCCAUCCAGAUUAGCCUCAGAGAGUGUCAAACCCAGAUAGAUACAAAACUGCUUCUCAUCAGCACUGUUGCCUUGUUCAAAGCUUAUCACCAAUGCCCACAGCAGGGCCAGGGAUAUAAUAGGCACUCAGUAUAUUUUUUUUUAAAUAAAUUAAUGAACCGAAUAAAUGGGAAAGACUUACCAUGAAUGAUCCUAGUCGAGUGAGCUGACUCUAAGGGCAGUGUAAAUACCCUCCAGUCCUUGCUAGUCUGUCUUAAGCUGUCUCUUCUGCCCUGGUGGGUGCAUGAGCUGCAUAUCUGGACAGUCUCUGGCCCUGCAUGGCAGGGCUGUGAUGUCCUGUCCAGGGAGACACAAGAGAAUUCUUUUUCCUAGUUAUUUUCUGUUGCCAACAAUCUCUAUUUCCAUUCUACGUUGAACACAAGGAAUUAAAACCACCAAUAAUAUGAUAAAGGUUCUCGUGUACAGCCACCUUCAGUUCGUAGCAGUAUUUCCUGGUCAUUAAUAAUCUGAAUUGUUGAAGGAGCUGUAGGCCUGCUUUUCGUCCUGCCCAGCUCCCGCACGGCUAGCUUGACACCCGAAAUAACAACACACAAACUGUAUUCAUUUAAACACUGCCUGGCCCAUUAUAUCUAUCCUCUUCUUGGCUAACUCUCAUAUCUUGCUUAACCCAUUUCUAGUAAUCUAUGUAGCACCAUGAAGUGGUAGCUUACCGGGAAAGAUUCAGCAUGUCUGACCUGCAUCCAUCUUGGGCCAGAGCUUCAUGGCAUCUGGCCUCACUUCCCUUCUUCCCAGCAUUCUGUUCUGUCUACUCCACCCACCUAAGGGCUGGCCUAUCAAAUGGGCCAAGGCAGUUUCCAUAUAAACCAAUGAAAUCAACACAAAAAGAAGACCCUCCCACAUCACUGAAUUUUACUGUGAUAAAACUAUUGCAAGAAAGUGGUGCUAAGGCUAAUGACAUCUUUUACCAACCUUUACUCAGCUGGGCUGGCUAAUAGCUGACCACCAGGCCACCUCUUGUUCCAGAGCAAUGACAGAGGUGACUCUGGAUGCUCCUUUUGUCCCACAGCUGUUGGUGGCUGUUAGUCUUCUGAGUCCGAAGGGUUCUACUUCACAACACCUAUUUGAAUUUUCCUUAUUAUUCUCUGAGCAGCUACCCUCAGUUCUAGCUCUUGGGCUAUCAUCUUGGGAAUGUUAGCAUAUGAAUGGGUUAAAGAAGACUUUCGGACAGUCAUGUUAAAAAAUGGCUGGAGAGGGCUGGAGAGGUGGCUCAGAGGUUAAGAGCACUGACUGCUCUUCCAGAGGUCCUGAGUUCAAUUCCCAGCAACCACAUGGUGGCCCACAGCCAUCUGUAAUGAGAUCUGGUGCCCUCUUCUGGCCUGCAAGCAUACAUGGAAGGAAUGUUGUAUACAUAAUAAAUAAAUAAAUAUAAAAAAUGGCUGGAGAUUCUGUUUAAUCAAACAAAUAGAAUGGUAUGGGUCUGAGGAUCUAUCUCCUUAGAUUUUCAUGUUUUAUACAAAAAGAAAAGAUUUAUAACUAUCUUUAGGAAUAUUAAUGUUAGUUCUUUCUAAUGUGUUUGCCUUUAAAGAAGGUUUUGUUUAUUAAUGUGCAAACUCAUCCCUUUGUUACCACAUGACUGUUUCAGAUUUGAGCGACAAAAUAAAGUUGAUCUUUCUAAAACUGUGUGAGCAUGGGGCCUCAGCUUGCAAUGGUUGAAAGUUCAGGAACUCAGCAGCAGUGGUAGGUGAAUGGGUCAUGAUGGACCCAGUGGGAUACACUG